GAGCUGAUGUCUGUUGGAAGAGAAGAAGAAAGGGAGAAAGACGACGACCUUCCUCCGCCAAAGCAUCGGUGCUGCCGAUGAAUGAAUUUUUUUUAGUAGAAUCGAUUCGAAUAUGAAAGAAACCGCGUGAACUGCCCUCCACGCGCUGCUUCUUCUCUCCUUUUUCUUUUGCUUUUUUCAGCUUAGCGGUCGGAUAAAUGGUCACACACCAGGAACAGAGAAGACAACAGGAGCAGACACUAUCCGACAAGCCGCUAAGAAAACUGGUUGUGUAAUUGCCGCCAUUUUCCCCUUCUUACAGUUGGCGCUUGUAUCGCAUUGUACGGCUAUCACUUUCCAGCGAUUGAAUCAAGCAGAAUAAGAAGAGAGAGAGAGAGAGGAGGGGAGAAGGGAGAAGGCAGAAGGAAGAAGAAAGGAAAAUUCUUUGAUCAUCCGUACUGUACCAUUCUUCAUCGGCUAGCUACUGAAGCAGCUGCCAACUGCCUCCCAUUUCGUGGUUUUAAAUAAGGUUUUCGGAGGGUUUUUUUGUGAGACCUCAAAUGUGUGAUACCAUGCGGCAAUCCUCACCAAGUCUAGGCCUAGAAGAGAGCAACAACAACAGCAGCAGCAGCAACAAGAGAAUUGGGUUGCCUCCUUCUCAUCCAAACAGCCCUCACAUCUUUGGUUCUGGGGGUGCCGGAGGUGGCGGAGUAGGGCCAUCUCAUUUGAGGUCAUUGUCUCAAUCCUCCAUGUUUUCGCUAGAUUGCCUCCCUCCACUGAGUCCCAUGCCUCAUCAUCCCUCGGUUCCAUCUCCGGUGGCCAUGGAGGAAAAGGCUGGAUUGCCACCUCGUAGAGGGCACAGGCGAUCGAUGAGUGACACUGUUCCAUUAGGGUUCUGUGCCAUGAUCCAGUCUUCUCCUCAGUUGAUACCUAUACCAGGUCAAGGUGGGUUCGAUUUCGUGAAGCAGGAGUUGGGUUGGGGGGGAGAUGGAGAUGGUAAUGUGGAAGGGAUGGGUGAAAGGCGACAACAAGAAAGGGAGCCUACUGACGAGAUGUUGAGUGCUUAUAUGCAAAUGGAUAAUAUUGAUCCGCUGAAUUCAUCGGGGACUGAGGAUAAGGAUUUGGACAGCAGGGCGAGUGGUUCGAAGAUGAAUGGGUCUGAGAGCAGUGAUAACGAGGCAGAGAGUCAUGUUAAGGGGCUGAAGAGGAGUGCCGAUGCUGAUAUUGGGCCUGCUGGUCGACACCAUAGGAGCGUGUCAAUGGAUAGCUUCAUGGGAGGUUUAAGGUUGGAUGAUGAGUCGAUGAAGCUUCCUCCUAGCGCGAACCGAGUUGGUCAACUUAGCUCGCCUUCCAGCUCAAUGCAGGGGAAUUUCAGCAAGUUCAACUUGGAGUUUGGGAAUGGUGAGUUUACUGAGGGGGAACUCAAGAAGAUAAUGGCUAAUGACAAGCUUGCCGAGCUUGCAAUGGCUGAUCCAAAACGGGUUAAAAGGAUAUUGGCGAAUCGUCUGUCUGCUGCUCGGUCCAAGGAGCGUAAAAUGAGGUACAUUUCUGAAUUGGAGCAAAAGGUGCAAACUUUACAGUCAGAAGCAACUACAUUGUCUGCCCAGGUUACAGUUUUACAGCGUGAUUCCUCAAAUCUCACAAGCCAGAACAAUGAACUCAAAUUCCGCCUUCAGGCAAUGGAACAACAGGCCCAGCUCAAAGAUGCUCUGAAUGAGGCACUGGUUGCAGAAGUCCAACGACUGAGGCUCGCUGCGACAGAGCUUGGAGGAGCAGAUGCUCAUCCUCAUCAGCAGCUUCCUGCUAAUCAUCCUCUAAUGCAACAGCAGCAGCGUCAACUUCCUGGUCAAAUGAAUGCAUAUCAUCAGCAGCAGCUAAACCAAUCAUCGCAAUCUCGAAGCAGCGAAUGAGUGUUGAUUUGGAAACCUCUUGCACAGUCUGGGAUUCAUGGUACAAGAUAAUAUUAGUACAAAGGGUUCAUGAUAUAGAUUGAGACAAUUCAUAUUAUAUUAUAUAUCACAUACCAUUCUUUGGGUGAAGAAAAAAAGGUUGGAGGGAGAGAUUACAGACUACAGAUUUACAGAAGAUUACUACAGAGUCAGUAACUAAACCAUUCAUUUGUUCUUUGUAUUUGUUUAUCAGCUUGAUGUUCGUUUUCUCCUAUUCAUCAUUCUUCUUUAGCAAAGACAUAAAUCGUGCCUUCCAUUUAAGAAGGCACUGUUGUAGUGUUUGCCCGUAAUACAGAACCUUGGAUAUUUGGAAACUCUGUACUUCCUUUUACCCUUCCAUUUCUUUUUUCUUUUUAAGUUAGUCACUUACUAUAAUAUAUUGACAUUUAGCAUACUAUUUUUUUAUUGGUC